AUGGUUAGACAGUAUCAGGAGCCCUUCAUCUACGACCUCGAACGAGCAGCGCAAGAGACCGAACAAGAUGACCCAAACUACUACGCACGACAUCCACGGUCGCUCAUAACGACCGCCAACAUUGACGCCUUCGUCACAGGUACCGGUUCGUCGAUAUAUGAUGACGUAGCACCACUGCUGGAAGAGACGGAGCACGAGCUCAUCCUCGUCACCUGCUUCUGGGCCUCGUCUGUCACGCGUGACCGCCUCAAUGCUGUGCUUCGCAGACUUUCAGACAAGGCUAUUCGGCGAGGUACAGAUAAGAUCCGUGUGAGGAUUUGCUUCUCUUCUUCCUCAGUCUUCCAAAAAUUGUUUCACAAGCAGACAGCCAGCGGGCAGAACUAUCCAGCCUCUCAAUGGGUAAAGAAAUUUGGCCUGCCAGAUCCUUCUGAACUGAAUGGCCUGAAUCUGGAAAUCCAGAGUGUGUUCAUCCUGCCAUUUAGCGUCAUGCAUCCCAAGUUCAUUAUAGUGGACCGGCAAGUUGUCGUCUUGCCGAGCUGCAACGUCAGCUGGGAAGAGUGGUUUGAAGGAGCCAUGACGAUGCGCGGUGAUAUUGUGUCGCAGUUCCUAAAAUUCUACUGGACAUUCUGGCGACGAAGAACAGAACCACCGCUCGAUCUGCCCGAGAGGCAGCCCGUCAACAAAGCCACCCCUACAGGAGCUUCGGACUCAGAGCCAACCACAGCCGCUCAGAUUACAAGCUGGUCUACAAACUCGACACCCACACUCUUCCUCCCAAGUCCUCAUCGACGAAACCCAGACUUCCGCCCCAUCGGAGCCGCCACAGCGCCCACGACACCGCUCAAUAAUUUCCUCCUGACGCUCUUCGCUAAGGCAGAACGCAGCAUCCGCAUCCAAACACCCAACCUCACCGCGCCACCAGUUCUAUCUGCUCUCCUCAAAGCGCUUGCCCGCGGCAUCGACGUCACGAUCCUUACCUCCGCACGCCUCAUGAUCCUCGAGCAGCUCGUCACCGCCGGCACAACAACAUCGCGCUGCGUCAACACACUGAUCAAACGGUACAAAGCCCUGAGCCCAUGUUCCAGUUCCAGAGCAUACGAUGAAGAAGCAGCGAUAACUCCAGCUAAAGUCGGCAAGCUGCACAUCUCAUUCUUCGAGCCAAAACACGGGUACAAGGAGAGGGGGGGGGAGCAGGGCGAGCCGCAGCAGAGUCAUCUUAAAAUGACGGUUGUCGAUGGCGAGGUGCUGGUGCUAGGCAGUGGGAAUCUGGAUCGUGCGAGUUGGUUCACGAGUCAGGAGCUGGGCGUUGCGCUCUUCGGGGACGAGGUGGUGAAGGGAGUUGAGCGGACGGUGGAUCAGGCGAUGGCGGGGAGGAGUAGGGUUGUGUUCGACAGCAAGAUCCGGUAA